UAAGUGUGUUCGUUUGGGCCAUGCGAGGAAUAGUAGUAACUUUCUGUUGUUGGCACUAUUAAAAUUUUUAGCGAUUUGUACGCGUUUGUAUGCGCUCGUACGCGCGCGUAUGCGCAUAUGUGGCGAGGGUCUCACGAACACGAAGUUAACUAAUAUAUCUGCGCUACUUCCGCCAUUAACGGUUUACACUUUUGAUUGGUUGAUUCGGUAGAUCCAGAGGAAUGUGCCAAAACGUGCGUGGUUUUCCCAAUCUGUAUUCAUAAGAAUCAAAAAGUAAAAUUAGUUGUCACACAUCGUUUAUUUAUUAUUAUUUUUUAUUUACUGCCGAAGAGUUGUACAAAUCAUGGGGAAGAAACGGAAAGAAUUUACUGAAAGUAAGGAAGCUCGUAUGAUAAUGACUAUUACUGAUAUCAUUCGAGAGCUUUUAAAUGCAUAUGAGGAAAACAAAGAUGUGGAUUUAAAUAAGUUAAAAACUCAAAUAUCUGCAAAGUAUGGACUCUCGUCAUCACCUAAAUUAGUCGACAUUAUUGCUGCAGUUCCAUAUGAUGUCAAACACAUUUUAUUACCAAAACUCAAAGCAAAGCCUAUAAGAACUGCUAGUGGGAUUGCUGUUGUUGCUCUCAUGUGCAAGCCACACAGAUGUCCUCACAUAAACAUGACAGGAAAUAUUUGUGUUUAUUGUCCUGGUGGUCCUGAUUCAGAUUUUGAAUAUUCUACACAAUCUUACACUGGAUAUGAGCCAACAUCAAUGAGAGCAAUAAGAGCCCGUUAUGAUCCUUUUCUUCAAACUAGACAUAGAAUAGAACAGUUGAAACAAUUAGGACACAGUGUUGACAAAGUCGAAUUCAUUGUUAUGGGAGGAACAUUUAUGUCUUUACCGGAAGAUUAUAGGGAUUAUUUUAUAAGAAAUUUACAUGAUGCUCUCUCAGGACAUGUGAGUAAUAAUGUAGCAGAAGCUGUGAAAUAUUCAGAAAGAAGUAGAACUAAGUGUAUAGGUAUUACAAUUGAAACUCGACCAGACUAUUGUCUAAAAAAGCAUCUUUCAGAUAUGCUUAAUUAUGGGUGCACUCGACUUGAAAUUGGAGUUCAAUCUGUGUAUGAAGAUGUAGCCAGAGACACUAACAGAGGCCACACAGUUCGUGCAGUAUGUGAAAGUUUUUCCAUGUCUAAAGAUGCUGGUUUUAAAGUAAUUGCCCAUAUGAUGCCAGAUUUGCCAAAUGUAGAUAUUGAAAGAGAUAUCGAACAAUUUAUUGAAUUUUUUGAAAAUCCUGCAUUUAGAGCAGAUGGAUUGAAAAUUUAUCCCACUUUAGUUAUAAGAGGCACUGGUUUAUAUGAACUUUGGAAAACUGGAAGAUAUAAAAGCUAUCCUCCUCUGACACUUAUUGAUCUUAUAGCACGUAUAUUAGCUCUCAUUCCACCAUGGACUCGAGUUUAUCGAGUACAAAGAGAUAUUCCAAUGCCACUAGUAAGUUCAGGCGUUGAACAUGGUAAUCUUCGUGAAUUAGCUUUAGAAAGAAUGAAAGACUUGGGCGUCACAUGUAGAGAUGUAAGGACUAGAGAAGUUGGUAUUCAAGAAAUCCAUAAUAAAAUUCAACCUUACGAGAUUGAACUAAUACGUCGAGAUUAUGUAGCAAAUAACGGAUGGGAAACAUUUUUAUCGUACGAAGACCCGUUACAAGAUAUUUUAGUAGGAUUAUUAAGACUUAGGAAAUGUUCAUCUGAUACAUUUAGAUCUGAAUUGAAAGAAAAAUGUUCUAUUGUGAGGGAACUUCAUGUCUAUGGAAGCGUUGUUCCUGUAAAUGCCCGCGAUCCUACAAAGUUUCAACAUCAAGGAUUUGGUAUGCUACUUAUGGAAGAAGCAGAACGAAUUGCAAAAGAAGAACAUGGUUCUACUAAAAUUGCUGUUAUUUCAGGAGUUGGAACUAGAAAUUACUACAGGAAAAUGGGUUAUGAAUUAGAUGGACCUUAUAUGUCAAAGACUCUUUAAUAAAUUUGUUUUGUAAAAGGAAUACUGGUAUUUACAAGAUUGCUUUGCCAGAGCCAAAUAUAAG